UGAAGUCAUUUAGGCCACGUGUCAUGGAAAGAGAGGGUGUUUGUGUGAAGAGAAACUCCCCUGUUAUGUUCCAUCACAAAAAUGUCGAUUCAGUAAAAUGAAAGUAAGAAACAAACUGUCCUUCCUACAAAGUUCCACAAAGUUUAUCUCUUGUUGGAUAACCUAAAAACAGCACCAUACAGACAAGCUGCUGCUGUUGCUGCAUAUUUCCUUUACAGUGUCAGAGCGACAGGCUUAAGGGAAGCGGUAAAAGAAAAAAAAAAAAAAAAAACAGUAAGGGCUUCAAAACAGUGAAAGAAGGAAGUAAAAAGGUCGCGGGCCGAAGAGCUCUAGAAUCAAGGAGACGACAAGAAGCAGCUGCUGAACACCAGCGUGCUGUGGAGGAUCGAUUAAACUCUCCGUACGACAAACUGGGAGGGAAACCUCAACAAAAUGACCACAUCUGAAAAAACAGGGGAGUCCAGGAAGUUUGAUCCCAAUUUCAAAGGGCCGAUCCAGGACAGGGGUUGCACGGACAUCCUCUGCUGUUUGCUCUUCAUCCUCUUCCUGUUUGGUUACUUUGCUGUUGGUAUCCUCGCCUGGUCUCAGGGUGACCCCAGGAAAGUGAUUUACCCCACAGACAGCAGAGGGCAGUUCUGUGGGCAGGCCGGGACCGCACUGGAGAAGAAACCUUUUCUGUUUUACUUCAACAUCCUGAAAUGUGCCAGCCCCCUGGUGCUCCUGGAGUUCCAGUGUCCCACCCCGCAGAUAUGUGUGGAAAAGUGUCCUGACAGGCACUUGAAUUUGGUGAAGGCCAAGCUCGGCAGCAACGAAGACCGUGAAUACUACUCAAGAUUCUGCAAGGAGGGAACUAACUUCACCGCACUGAGUCCUCCUGAGAUCCUGAGGGAUGCCCUGUGUCCUGCCAUGCUGCUGCCCAGCAAAGCUUUCACACGGCGCUGCCUGCCUGCCCUGGGAAAGCUGAGUGGCGGGGUGGUGGUUGUAGGCAACGAAACCUCAUUUUUAGACGACGAGAACAACAGAGUCAACGCCACAGACCUGCUGGAGGCAUCAAAGAAGUCGAACGUUGUUGUGGAAGCUCGUCAGGUGGCCAUGAGAAUCUUUGAAGACUACACUCAGUCCUGGCACUGGAUACUACUCGGUCUGGUGAUCGCCAUGGUCGUCAGCUUGAUUUUCGUCGUCCUGCUGCGAUUCUUGGCCGCCUUCAUGGUCUGGGUCAUAAUCAUUUUGGUCAUUCUUGUCAUCGGAUACGGGAUUUUCCACUGCUACAUGGAGUACGCCGCCCUGAAGGGAGAACCGGGCGCAGACGUCACCAUCCGUGACCUGGGCCUGCAGACGGACUUCUCCGUCUACCUGCAGAUCCGGCAGACGUGGCUGGCCUUCAUGAUCAUCCUGGCGAUUGUCGAGUUCAUCGUCAUCCUGCUGCUCAUCUUCCUCAGGAAAAGAAUCCUGAUCGCCAUCGCUCUCAUCAAAGAGGCCAGCAGAGCUGUGGGCCAUAUUAUGUCAGCGAUGUUCUACCCGCUGCUGACCUUCGCCCUCCUGGCUGUGGUGAUCGCUUACUGGGCCAUCACUGCAGUAUUCCUGUCUACGUCGAAUGAGCAGAUCUACAAAGUGUACAACAAGACCGAUUGCCCGUUUUCGAAGGACACCUGCGAUCCCAAGACAUUUAACACCUCCAAUGUUUCAGCCCAGUGCCCGGACGCAGAAUGCCUGUUUGCUUUUUAUGGUGGCGAGACGCUGUACCACAGAUACCUCAUCCUGUUUCAGCUCUACAACGUCUUCCUCUUCUUCUGGUGUGCAAACUUUGUGACGGCGCUGGGCCAGGUGACGCUGUCGGGAGCUUUCGCUUCAUAUUACUGGGCCUUCAAGAAGCCAGAUGAUAUCCCUGCUUAUCCCAUCUUCUCCUCUCUGGGACGGGCUCUUAGAUACCACACAGGCUCUGUGAAGUUAGGGGUAUUAAUACUCACGGCAAUAUCUGCUCUUACUGUGUUGUUGCACCAUUUCCCUUCCCGUCCUCCAGGUGCUCAGAAUAAGUUUGCUAAAUUUCUGUUGAGCUGCAUGAAGUGCUGCUUCUGGUGUCUGGAGAAAUGUAUCAGAUUCCUGAACCGGAACGCCUACAUCAUGAUUGCAAUCUACGGAAAAAAUUUCUGCGCCUCGGCUCGAGACGCCUUCUUCCUUCUCAUGAGAAAUAUUAUCAGGGUGGCGGUUUUAGAUAAAGUGACUGACUUCCUGCUGUUUCUUGGGAAGCUCCUUAUUGUUGGCAUUGUGGGGAUUUUCUCUUUCUUCUUCUUCUCUGGAAGAAUAAAAGCUGCAGAGGACGCGGCUCCAUCUCUCAACUACUACUGGGUGCCAAUACUGACGGUAGUAGUGGGAUCCUAUCUGAUUGCCCACGGCUUCUUCAGCGUGUACGCCAUGUGUGUGGACACACUCUUCCUGUGUUUCUGCGAAGACUUGGAAAGGAACGACGGUUCGUCCGAGAGACCUUACUUCAUGAGUCCGGAGCUGCACGAGAUCCUCUCCAAGACCAGGAAGGUGGAGGACGAGUGUGACGGUGUCGAGGCGGCGGACGCUGCCAAACAAGCGGACGAGGUAAAGGUGGAUGAGGAAACGCCGCUCCAGCAGCAGGACGGCGAGGUUCAGCUGAAACAGCAGACCGUGCUGAAGGAGGAAAAUGAGGAAAAGCAGCCUGUGGAGUCCAACACUGAGGACGAGAAGGAGGAGGAGGAACAAGUCAGUCAGGCGGAGGACACUGAGAAAAAAGAAGAGCCAGCUGUGAAGGAAGCUGCAGCAAAGCAGGAAGUGAAAGCAGAGGAAAAGGCAGCGGAGCAGCCGGCUGCAGCUGGGGAAGCUGAGGAAGUGAAGAAAGUGGAAGAAAAAGAGCAACCCAAGGAUGAUAAUCCUCCACCUGCACCACAGGAGUAGAUGCAGCAAAGCAAGGGAGGCUCGCUAGACCUCAUAAAGCAGAAAGAGUCGAAGUUACGUCCCUCAGCUGUGUGAUAUGGACCUGUUAAAUGUACAACAUUCAAGCUAAAGUGUGCGGCUUUGCUGAGACUGAGAGCUGAUGUUCCACCUGGAGAAGGCUGGCCGGAGCGAAGGCCGAAGGAGAUCGAAAGCCCAGUGCAUCUCUGUAGCUUGAAGAAAACACACACACACACACACACACACACACGCAAUCCUUUGUGUUGGUUUUAGAACAGUGUUGGUUUCUCUAUCGUGAAGGUCUGUAACACAUAGUGCGUGCUGAACCCCGUGCCUGAUUACCGUCAGUGUUUGUCGUCUCGAUCCCAUUCGCCGGAAGCGCCACAGAACCGGAACCAUGUUUACAGUCAGAACAAACAUCUCAAUCAACGGUGAAUCACUUUCACAGUUUACAGAAGUACCAGCUGAUGCCAAAACUUUUCACAUUAUUUGAUACUCUGUAAAUACUGGACCUUUUCUUUUAUUUAUUUAUUUUUUUUCUUGAUAGGAAACCUUGU